UACGCAGAUAACGGGGUUCAGACAACAGUUGGCAGCAGCACACGCCGGCAUAGGUAAACACUUGCGUAUCUUGCGUGAGGUCAUCUCCACAUAGGUCUUUGGAGAUCGAAAUAUUUGCUAGAGAGAACGUGACCGUAACUCGGCAGAGUCUACCCGUAGCGUGUCUGGGAGUUGUCUUUACAACUAAAGUUAGAGUUCGUGAUGGAGCCAAAGGCAAAUCUCUACGUUUGUGUCGCCCUCUGUCUUUUACUUCUGACUCUACCUGCAUCAGAUGCGUUUGGACGCCGCAGGCGUCGACACACUGGAAAUGUCGUUCGCAGGGCUCUAGAUUCGCAACCGCCGGUCUUGGUGAAGGGGACUUGUCCCUCCACUAUGACUGUGUACGUCGACUCUCCAUCAUCGAAAAAGAUUGUCCAGUGGUCUAAACCACGAGCAAGUGACGAAAGCCCACCGGUCAGUUUGAGGAGAGAAGAUGGCGGCCCAGCCAAUGGCGGCUACUUCAAUGCCUCCAGUUCUCCUUAUCACAUCAAGUAUUCGGCCACAGAUGCCGUUGGGAACAAACAAUCCCCCAUUUGUUCAUUCACCGUCAACGUGAAGGUUGAGGAUAAGAAGCCACCCAAGUAGAGCGGCAUCAGUGCCCAGCCUGUCUGCACGUCCACGGUUGUUACUUGGAGCAGAGUGUAGACUAUCUGAGUUGAAACAAAGAAGCAACAAAAUUCAAAUUAAACCCAUGGAUUCACUUUACUUUGCACGAUGUAUUUAUAAUACUUUUACAGUUUAGGCUUUGGAACUAACACCACUUUCAAAUGGGCAUAAUUUAAAAUCAGUACCGGUUUUGAAAACACACAGGAAAUUACUCUGAUUUUCGUAUUAGUAAAAAAUACUCCAGAAGUUAAACAAAUCCUGAUCACCAAUUAGCGUACAUGCAUGUUUGUUUAGAUAUUGGGUACUUAAAUGAAGAAUUCUUUGAAACAACAUCGGAAAUUUAGUUAACAAGCAAAUAUAUUACUAGAAAUAAGUUUUUCACACACGGGAGAAUCUCCCAUUUAAAGGAUAGCUGCAAUCAAUUUGUUUUAAUACAAAUCACCUAAUUAACAUUUUUGUCCAAAUUAACUUCGUACGCAACUUUUGUUUCACUUUUUCAAAGAGUGCCUUUUUGGUUUGGAUGCUAAUGAGUGUUUCAUUAUUCAGGAGCAAAACUGUGACGUCAUCCCAGGAAGAAGGCCUCAAUGUUACAUUGGUUUGAACCCCAAAAGUCCUGCAUUUUUGUAGACUGCUGUUCAUGUGCAAAGCAACAAGCAAGCAUCCAUCUCUUUCUCAGAAAUAUAUUUAGUAAGUAAAUUCUCGGGUCACAAGUUGAACAGAAAAAUCUGUGCACUGAACUACGCCUUCCCCUGGUUGAGAUCGCAGCAACAGCGCCCUCUGUUGUCGGCGAAAUCAUAGAUGAUUUUUAAGUGCUCAAAAAGUGCACUUUAUAAUGUGUUCAAACUCAUGAGUUUUAAUACAAUGAAGAAGAGUAUAUAAAAAUGCAGAAAAACAGUGUCCAACAAAAAUUCAUUGCAGCUACACUUGCAGCUACAGCUACAAGUUCUCGUACCCCCUUUUCCGGCUCUUGAAUGAAGUCGAAUUCGACCUCCAUUGCGUAUUUGGAAUAAGGCAAUUAUCUGUGGCUACUGACAUUAAAGCCAAGGCAAGCGAGAAGUCACUAUCCUGGCGGAGCUUUUUAGUCUGCGAUGCGUACGAGUGAGUGAGUGAGUGAGUGAGUGAUUAAGGAUGAUCAUUGGGUCGUGUUUGUUUCUGGCAUAUGGAUAACUAUAUUAUUACCAACUUUGUCCAGUGCAUGUAAGACUACUACACGCAUUUGAACUCGGAAUGGAUAAGGUGUACUUAACUUUUGAACUAAAACAAAAGCACUCACUGUAUUCUCCAAAGAGUUUUUCUCGUGGAUAGCAUCUCAUUUCAUGAAAACCGUUAUAAGUAGUAUGUAUUGUUAACAAACUUUAUCCACAAAUAUCAUAACCAAUAAUGUUAGAACUGUCGGUUGGAUCUCUAGUUGGCUAUAUAAUGAGAGCCAAUUUGCACAGUUUUGGUUACAUGUGAAUUCAUCGGAUAUUAAUCACCAAUUUUUCAGUUAUUAAUAAAGAUUCUCCUAUUGUAAUGUA